AUGAGGACUGCUUCGAAUAUCUUGCUCGCCCUGGUAGCUUUGGCUUCCUUUCAAGAGCAUUGUCUUGCUUUUUCACCCAAGAUCAAAGCUGGAAGGUCAAUUGCAUCAUCGAGACAAAGCCUUCUGCGUGCCGUUGGAGAAAAGGAAAAGACACGAUCGAAUAUUCCUCCACCAAAUACCAGUGAAGACGAAUAUCUUGAUCAAGCAACGAAGGGAGGAUACACUGUAAAGCAACGUCUUCGAGAAGAGAUUGAAUCGCCGUUUCGCAAGGUUCGGUUGUUGUUCUUUGCUUCAUCCACUGGGUCUGCGUUAACAGCCUUGUAUUUUUCGGGGCUGAAUACGAUCAAGGCCCUAGUUGGUGGUUAUUCAGAUGCAAUUCCCUUGGACGAAGCAUUGACAUCUGAUGCCAUCAAUAUCGGUGCCGCUGUCAUUUGUGGUCUCCUUGCCUUCCGUGAAUACAAGGUCGGAGUAGCCAACUUGGAACGCAUUUCUCGUGGAGGAAAGCUUGCAUCCUUGGCGGUGGAACCAGCCACUGUCCAAACAACUGUAGGACCGAAUCUUCGACGAUUGGCGGACUACCGACGCGACUACCGUGUUUUGAUUGCUGGAGGAGGUGAAGAAUACAUCUCCAAGUUGGCACGAUCCUUGAACUCUGACCAAUUGAAAGAUACCAACGUGUUUCCAGAGAGACUCGAAGAGAGUGAUGUCAUUGUCGUUCCAGUGUUACUUUCUGAAUCCGGGGGCGACUAUGUUAUUGGUGACACAAAGGAAUUCUGGAAGAGUGUGGAAGCAGGUUCGGAGGAGGACCGAAACUUUGAUAUGUCCCGAUCAGAUUCUGUUGUUGCCUUUCCAAGAGGCCCUGGGGCAUGGCUGGACUAUUUAAAGGAAGAUAUCAAAACGGCAUCAGGCCAAGGCUUUGAUGUUCUAGAAAAGGGAAUUACCCUAACUGUGAAGAAGAAUGGUAGAAUUCUUCGCCGUGCCACUGGUCUUCCUGAUUGGGCCAAUCUAGUCGGGGCGAUGGAAGUCAUGGAUGGAUCAAGGUUUGGCAUGCCUGGUGACUCUGAAAAAUAUGGAGGUCCAUAA